GAUAGGGCACAACAAACCAUAAGAGGUAGGGUAUAUAAGCAAAGACCAAUUAGGGUUUUCCUUAGCGCAGUCGCAGGAGCCGGACGAAGAACCAUCUCAGAGAAAACCAAGUCCGUUCACAGACGUCGGCAUGGGGCGACUCCAUUCUAAAGGAAAGGGUAUCUCAGCAUCUGCUUUGCCGUACAAGCGUUCGCCCCCGAGCUGGCUCAAGACAACCUCCCAGGAUGUUGAUGAAUCCAUUUGCAAGUUUGCGAAGAAGGGUUUGACUCCAUCACAGAUUGGUGUCAUUCUUCGUGACUCUCACGGUAUCCCUCAGGUGAAGAGUGUUACCGGAAACAAGAUUUUGAGAAUCUUGAAAGCUCAUGGACUUGCUCCGGAGAUCCCUGAGGAUUUGUACCACCUGAUCAAGAAAGCAGUUGCUAUCCGCAAGCACCUUGAGAGGAACAGGAAAGACAAGGACUCCAAGUUCAGGUUGAUUCUUGUGGAGAGCAGAAUCCACCGUCUUGCUCGUUACUACAAGAAGACCAAGAAGCUCCCUCCCGUCUGGAAGUAUGAAUCUACCACCGCAAGCACUCUUGUGGCUUAAGGAAUUCAUAGAGCUUGUCAAAGUCCUUCAUGAACUACAUUUUCAUUGCUGCAUUGGCAACUCAGUUUCUAUGAUAAUGGAUUUGUAUCUGUUUUUUUAGUUUUUGUUCAGUUACAACUUAACAAUGCGAUUUUGAAUUUAAUGAGUACUCUUGUUUAUGUGAUCCUUAGUUUUGACUCU